AUGUUCGUUCACAACAAUUCCAAGCAUGGACGACGAGUGAAAAGAAUAGAUGCCUCCGACGAAUUCUCUGAAGUGUCUGAGCUGUCAACAGGAUCAUCUCCCAUUAUCAAGGCACUGUGCCCUAGUGAAGGCUGGGUUCAAGGAGGAACACAGGUGAUCGUGAUAGGUGAAAAUUUCUUUGAAGGGCUGCAGAUCGCUUUUGGUUCCACAACUGUAUGGAGUGAGCUAGUUCAAGUGAUUUCACCUCAUGCUAUGAGAGUCACAAGUCCUCCACGUCAUAACGCUGGAGUUGUUGAAGUCACAUUACAGUACAAAAACAAGCAAUACAAUAGAGGAGCGCCAGUGCGCUUCACUUAUGCA